AUGAGGCUGCCAGCCAGGACAGGGCGGCUGCUGCCUGCUGAGACCCUCCCGCCCCCCAACUUGGCCAUUUGGGUUCAGAGGCUUGCUAAGGCCCCCUGUCCUCGCACGCCCCCCCGACUCCCCAGUCCCCGCGCACGGGUCCGGCCGGUCCGGUUGGGCGCGCUGCUGGGGGCCGCGGGGGCCCGCGACUACCGGUACCUCCCGGAGGCGGCGGGCGCGGGCGGCGGCCCGGGGCGCGCGGUGGGGCACUCAGCUGUCUUCCUCAAGGAGGGGGCCCAGGUGCGGGGAGUGGAGGGCACCUGGAAACGCCACGGGUCUCAUCCAGAGAGCAAGGGUGUGCCUCAGGCCUGCCUGCAGGACCACCCGUCUUGGAGAAGGAAACCCCAGAGGUGUCCAGCCCACCAGGCUUCACAUCCUUUCCACUUUUUAGGGCAGAGCAGCUGUAUCCCCUUGAUUGACCCCUUUGCCAGCAAGAGCCUGGACUUUCCUACCUCUGUGCUGCCCCUCAUCUGUGAGUCCUGGGAGACGUGUGCGACCUGCGGAGGUGGACCUGCUUUGGGGGAGGCCCGGGUCCCUGGCCGCACCCUGAGUGUCCCUCCUGGCAGCACUGCGCCGAGCCUCAUCCUUGCUGUGUGUGGCUGGGUCUGUGGCCUCCUCGGUUCCCUGGCCCAGAGCGUCCCUCUGCUGCUCUUCACCGGCUGCUACUACUUACUGGGGGGUGCCCUGACCCUGGCAGGGGUCAGCAUCAUCAGCUACUCACACCUGACCUUCACCGAGAUGGUCCGCCAGUACGGCCUCCAGCGCGUGCAGGGCGUCCACAUCAGCUUCGGCUGGUCCGCAGCCCUGGCCUGGGGCUCCUGCACCUCAGAGGCGCUGAGCAGUGUCCUUCUGCUCUCGGCAGCCGGAGCCCUCAGCGUGAGCCAGCGGCUGGGCACCUCCCACUCUGUGCUCAUCUGA